AUGUGCUUCAUCAUCGAAGAUGUUCGAGAGCAGCUGCAGCACUGCUGCAAAGGACGUGAACAAUUGCCCGACGAGUCACGGAGGAAGAAGAACUCAAACGUAGCCCUCAAUCCGGGUGGAGACUGCAGUCCAGCCCAAAUGAAGUUCAUUGCUGGUGUCUUGAGGUAUAUCUCAGUCCUGGAAAGGGUGCAUGCCAGUCAAAUGGAUGCCAAGCGCCCUACCAAACGCCCCCCCGGCUUUCCCCAACACCGCCCUCUUUUCACUCCCCCCACCCAUACCGAUCUCUGGCUUCACGGCGAAGCCUUUGAGUCUCAAGCCGACACCGCUCUCCUGGAGCCUGUGCUCAUCUUACAUCCCCUCUUCUAUCCAAUGAUGGGGCUGAACAAAUGUCCUGCCCCUAAUUGUACAGGAAGUGUCAAGAAGAAGGGCUGGACGCACAUUCGCUCUCUCUAUGGCAUCUUUGGCAACGUGAAAGCGAUAGGGGAGCAGAUGUACUGCUCACAGCAUAAGGUGUUCUCACCCACCGCGCUGGGGUUUUGGAAAGGUCGCAAGCCAUGGGAAAUGGGCAAUUUCCCCCUCUUCUUUGAACAGGCUGCGAUGACUCGCGAGCUAUUCAAACUCAUUGCCGAAUUCCGGCCCAAGUCGUCAGUCGAGGCGGUCGUUGAGGGCCUUAACGCACAAGAGACCGAGAGAGACUUUUACCUUCUUUAUCAACAACAGCAGCAACACCAAACCUCAUCGCCAAUGGGGGAUAUAGCUAGCUUUCCCUUGGUGGAUCAGUCAAGGCUGAAGGUGCCAUCUGCGGGCCUCGUUCGACAUGCAUACGAGAUAUUUGGUGUACAGCGUCUGGAGGAAAGUUCGAGGUACAUGAGAAGUUUGGGAGGCUUGAUAGUCGGUGUGGACUCGACUAUGAAGGUCGCCAAUAAAGCGAACGUUGUUGGCAGGCAUCACUCAGGGGCUAUCGAGUCUGUCAACCCAUGGGGUGGUGGUCUUCUGACCGGGGUGAACGAAGACAAGGAGCUCGUAUUUUGGGAGUUCCUCCCUACCAAUUCGGCGGUCUAUCUACAAGCACCUCUGGCGGAAUACGCGGAGCAUUCGGCCGCCCUUAGCAUUGACUUCACUCGACAGGGAGAGGUAGCCGUCGACAAGUGCUGCGACUUCCGAUCUGACAUCACCACCGUCUCUGUUGCACUCAACGAUGCUUUGGUUGAGCGAAAGGGAGAGAAGGGUACGCCCACUGUUUAUCGCCCAGUUGAGGAGCAGGUUUGUAGGAUGGAUGAGAUGAAGGAGCGAAUGAUGCGCGACUCGGUCCCGCUUGAAGUGAGAACGAACCUGGCCAUCGAUAACCAGAUGAACCAUAUCCGGGCUGGUUGUCUUCAACACCGUCAUCCCCAUCUUAUAUCCAACACCAGUAUCAACGAGUCUUGGCACAAGAGGAUCAACAAUACGGUACGGGGCAUGGCGUCAAGUCUCCCCACUGUUGUCUUCUUGGUGGGUGACGCUGUCCUACGAAGCAAUCUCAAGAUUACCAUCACGAAUCAUUCCCAAUCGCCAGACUCAAUGUCAAGGAUGUUUCGCGCGGCCACCUUGGAGAGCCAUCACAUCUUCCUGCUCGAUGACAUCCUGCGGCUUCGACAUGCGCUCUACGGAGCUACACAGCCACGUCUGCCGGACAUAUGCCCUUCACAUGUCUUGGGAGUGGUACCUUCUCGUGAUCCCAGCGAUCAGGCGCUAAGGAAUCUACGGCGAUCCGUCCAGGGAUUUGCUGCGAUCAACCGAGAGCUGGAGGAGGCUGAGGCUGAGCCUCAGAUAAUAGACGAUGAGGACGACAUGGAGGGUAUCAAAGAGGAAGAGAGCAACAAGCGCGGCUUCAACAUGAUGUUCUUGGGUACCACAAUCAACGGUGAGGCCGACCAGGAUAUCGAUCCCUAUGUGAGUGUUGCCUCAUAG